GCAGUGCUCUUCCGAAUGCAUCCCAGGAUUCCGCUGUGCAACGCAAGGGCACACGCCGCCUGCCAGAACGGCCCGGCAGCGGCGUGUGACAGACGGGGACAAAAGGCCGCUCCCGGCGCUGGGCGCCCCGAGCAGGCCGCGCCCCGAGCAGGCCGCGCUCCGCGCUCCGUGCCCCCGCCCCGCCCCGCCCCGCCCCUGUCGCGCCCCCGCCCUCCCGCGCCGGCCCCGCCGCCGGCCGCGCGCACGGCGCGGAGCGCGGCCCGGCCCGGCCCCGGCGGCGGCGCAGAAAUGGCGGCGGCGGCGCGGUGGUGUCCGGGCGGGCGCUGGGCGCUGUGCCUGUGCCUGUGCGCGGCGCUGCUGCCGCGGCCGGCGCGGGGCCUCACCGACCGCCUCUACUGCGGCCGCCGAGUCUGCUACGAGGUGCUGGGCGUCAGCCGGCAGGCCAGCAAGGCGGAGAUCGCCCGCGCCUACCGGCAGCUGGCCCGGCAGUACCACCCCGACCGCUACCGCGGGGAGCCCGCGGGCGGCGAGGGCAGCGGGGCGCAGGCGGCGCACGAGAAGUUCCUGCUCAUCGCCGCCGCCUACGAGACCCUCAAGGAUGAAGAAACACGAAAAGAUUAUGACUACAUGCUGGAUCAUCCUGAGGAGUAUUACAGGCAUUACUACCACUACUACCGCAGGAGACUGGCACCUAAAGUAGACGUCACAAUAGUGAUCCUAGUUACAGUGUGUGCCAUCUCCGUGUUUCAGUUCUUCAGCUGGUGGAGUAGUUACAAUGAAGCUAUCAACUACUUAGCAUCUGUGCCAAAAUACCGUAUACAAGCUACUGAGAUUGCCAGGCAACAAGGUUUACUCAACAAGACUAAAGAAAAAGGCAAGAACAGGCGGUCUAAAGAAGAAAUUCGUGAAGAGGAGGAAGAAAUUAUCAAAGACAUUAUUAAAAAUAAAAUAGAUAUAAAGGGUGGUUAUCAGAAGCCCAAAAUAUAUGAUAUCCUCCUAUUUCAGAUCCUUCUUGCUCCUUUUUACUGGUGCAAAUACAUAGUUUGGUACUGUUGGUGGAUUUAUUGUUUCACUAUUAAAGGGCAAGAGUAUGGUGUGGAAGAGAAGUUGUAUAUCAUACGAAGGUACAUGAAAAUGUCUCAGUCUCAGUUUGACAGCCUGGAAGAUCAUCAAAAAGAGACCUUUCUUGAACGGCAGCUGUGGAUACGAGAAAACUAUGAGGUGUAUAAGCGAGAACAAGAGGAGGAGUUAAAGAAGAAGAUGGCCAUGGAUCCCCGAUGGAAGAGAUACCGGCGGUGGAUGAAAAAUGAAGGACCUGGAAGACUGACUUUUAUUGAUGAUUGAAAGUUGCUGAACAAAAUGUGUGCUAUUGCUGAAAGUGAUUUGCAGAACUUCUCAUUACAUCAUUCAGAGUUUUGUCUGCUGUGGCUUAGCAGUGAUCUAAAACUCAGGAACUAUUACAUCAGGCAGAAGCAUAAUACAGGUUUACCAUUUUUAUAAAUCAGACCUAUUAAAACAGGCUCAGCCUAAUGUAUAUAUGCCAUUUACUUGGGGAUAUCAGUGUGGAAUUCAUUAUUCCAAACAAUGUAUUUUUGCUAGAUACUUAAUAUUCAUCAUCAAUGAAACCAUAACUCUAGUCUUUCUGAAAAUGUUUAGUUCAAACAUUGACAAGUCCCAGUUUUCCUCUUUAAGCUGAAGGUUUCUGUAAGUGGAAACUGAAAAUGCUUAUAAAGGAUUCUGAAGCAAAAGCCAUUUUCUGUUUUCCUCUCUUUCCCCCUACUUUUCAAUCUAAUUUCUAAGAUGCCAAAUUGGUUGUUUUUCAUGUAAACAGUAUGGGGAUUAUACAAGACUACUGCUAUUCCUGCUUCACUUGGAAAUGGAUUUUAUUCUUUGUGGGAAUAAAUGAUGCAUGAUUGAUCAUCAUUGUGAUGCAAACAAGCCUUAAUUCUUUGUUCUACAGAGUAAUUAAUGAAACAGUAUGCUUGGAUGUUUUGUGGUUUUUCAUCUUGUACAUUGGAUUAUACCUGCUUGUUCAGAACAAGUACACCAGUGAAUAUUAGUUUAUUAAAUGUGACAUUUCUUUCACCAAAGUAUUGAUUAAAGGGAAAAAUGACCCUUUUGUUAAAAAUGGCAAUUUUGAUGCCUUAUGUAAAUAAAAGUUUAUAUAUGCAGACUUAAUUAGUUUUAAAUUCUAAAUCUUAAGUAUUCAUUACAUUUAUCUCUUCUGAUCAGACCUCUGAGUACUUAGAAUAAAUAAUGCAUAAUAGUAGUCUGUGGUUUGCUCUGUAACAACCCAGGGCAGAGUUUCUGUGAUUUGCUGGUAAAAGGGGUUCUGCUACCUUAUUCCUCCUCAAUAAUUUUACUGGGGAAGGAAUGAUGGGAGCAUAGUCUCUCUCCUGUCAUCACAUUUGUAAAGGUGAGUUCCUUAGAGGGAAACUGCUGAAAACAGUGCCUUGUUAGCUGCCUUCUGUAGAGAUUGGUUCUGGGACCACAGGUUUUGAACUUGCUACUCCUGACCUUUUGCACAUUCUUGAAAUGUUUCAGUUUUCUGUUUAAAA